UAUUCUCUGAACAUUUUGGAUCAUCUGGAGGCAUGCAGCUUUAAUCACUAAGUUACCGCCCAGAUUUGAAUGGGAAAAGGACGAUGUUAAUAAAUGUUUUACACUUUAAUUUGAUAUGAAAAGUGAAUACGGAAGUAAGGAAGUUAAUUCUCUGAUAAAACAAAUAAGACUAUUUUUAUAAAUUACUCACACACACUUUUUAUUGAAGCGUUCAUUUCGCAAAACAAUAUUAAAAUAUAAAUAUUCUAGAAUGAGAGGAAGUUAAAUAUUUAAGUGGAAAGGUUGGAUUUUUCAAUAUCGAUAAGCAUUUUUUUCAUGCUCGAAUAGUCACGUGAUUAGUUAUUUAGUAUUGGUUAAGUAUUUUAAAGAUUAGCAUCCGUUGUGUAAAGUUAUAGUUAAAUUACAGGCAGACUUCAAACAUUACGGUUGUAUCACUCAUGAAAUACUGAAGUACGUCGGGAUUAAAAUAAAACAGAAUGACGAGGGCGGUAAUUGUGUGUUUUAUUUUGCUGACCACAAUUUGUGCUGCAAGGGAAACACUACGGGAUGAAAUAGUGCAGGAAUUCUUUCGCAGCACUUUCGUUGAAUCCUCCGGCCAGAACAAAUCAGUCG